CCUUGACAAUUUGCCUCAAUCACAAUGUUUCCCUCUAGAGCGCUCUUUGCGCGCUCCGUCUGGAAAGGACCUCACAUUGUCCCUCUUCCCAUUGUGCGCCCCAAAGGCAACGAGCGGCCGCCGCCAAUCAAGACCGAUGCCCGGUCUGCCACCAUCUUGCCCAAUUUCGUCGGCCUGCGAUUUCAAGUGCACAACGGAAAGAUCUACAAUGAUGUGACCAUCACGGAAGAUAUGGUUGGCCACAAGUUGGGAGAAUUCUCUCCCACGAGAAAGCGAUUCACAUACAAGCAGACGAAGAACAAGUAAACUUUGAGAUUUGGAGUGGGAUUUCUAUAUAUAUCCGUGCAGCACAAGUUUGGUUGGACACUCGCAUAAGCUCGGCGUUCUAUAUCGUUUAUCAAGUUCACGUU